AUGGGCGAGCAUAAUCUCUUGAAUCCCGGGUUUGUGGGGCCGCUGGUGAACAUCCAUACCGGAGACACCUUCUACUUCCCUAACUUCCGUGCAUCCGGGGCUCAGCUACCCGGGCUGCCUUCGCUGUCCUACCCGCGCCGAGACAACGUGUGCUCACUGCCUUGGCCGUCGGCGGAGCCGUGCAAUGGCUACCCGCAGCCCUAUCUCGGCAGCCCCGUGUCGCUCAACCCGCCCUUCGGCCGCACGUGUGAGCUGGCGCGAGUGGAGGACAGCAAGGCUUACUACCGUGAGCCCUGUGCCGAGGGUGGCGGCGGGGGCCUGAAGCGGGAGGAGCGCGGGCGCGACCCGGGACCGGGACCGGGGCCAGGGGCAGCACUGCUGCCGCUCGAGCCGUCGGGGCCGCCAGCUCUCAGCUUCAAGUACGACUAUGCAGCGGGUGGCGGAGGCGGCGACGGCGGCGCAGGACCCCCGCACGACCCUCCCUCGUGUCAGUCGCUAGAAUCUGACUCCAGUUCGUCCUUACUCAACGAGGGCAGCAAGGGCGCCGGUGCUGGCGACCCUGGCAGUUUGGUGUCGCCGUUGAAUCCUGGUGGCGGGCUUUCAGCCAGCGGUGCACCCUGGUACCCGAUCCACAGCCGCUCACGGAAGAAGCGAAAGCCCUAUUCGAAGUUGCAGCUUGCAGAGCUGGAGGGCGAGUUUCUGGUAAAUGAGUUCAUCACACGCCAGCGCCGAAGGGAACUAUCGGACCGCUUGAACCUUAGUGAUCAGCAGGUCAAGAUCUGGUUUCAGAACCGGAGAAUGAAAAAGAAAAGAUUACUGUUGAGGGAGCAAGCCCUCUCCUUCUUUUAG